AAGUUGGUUGCACAUUUCAAGGCAAUGAAGACCAAACCGAAGCUUGAUACUCUUGAGGACUUCCAGUCAUGGAUGAAGGAUCGUGUUUUGGCAGAUGAUGAAAAUAAGGAAGGUGAGGAUAGUAAGGCAAGAGUGAAGGAAGAGAUUCAUACCCAGUAUACCACCUCUGCCAUUCAGCACUUUCCUAAGAUUUCUCAUUUCUCAGGUGAUAAAGAUAAGAAGGAUGUACCAUAUGAUGUUUGGAGGAAAGAGGUUGAGUGUAUCGUUAGAGAAGGACAUCCUCAGCAUGCAGUAGCACAGGCUAUUAGAAGUUCACUGAAGGGAGAAGCUCUUAGAGUGAGAUCUAUUCUGCCAGCAUCCGUCACAACAGGGGAAGUUAUGGCAAAGAUGGACAGUAUAUAUGGUACUGUGGUAAAGUCAGAGAUGUAUCUUGCCAAGUUCUACAGUGCUCGACAGGAACCUGAUGAAAGUGUGUCGUCAUGGAGCUGUAGACUUGAGACGUUACUCUCCAAAGCUGUAGAAGGUGGACAAGUUGAGAGCAGACAGACCAACGAUAUGCUGUGCACCAUGUUGUGGCAGGGCCUUUGUUCUCCGUUGAAGGAUGUGACUGCUCAUAUACUGGAUCGCAUCAAGGUCUUUGAUGAACUUCGAGUUGCCAUACGUAGGUCUGAGGAAGAUCAGAACCAAAGAACUACAGAAGAAAAGACAACGGCCAAGAAACAUGUAGCUACUUCUAAGGCAGCUAUUGACACCCCUUCAGCUGAGGAGGGAGGACUUAAGGAGAUCAAGGGGAUUGUGCAGCAGCUAGCAGCAGAUGUCAAGAGUUUGAAGGAGGAUAACAAGCAACGGCGAGACAGUGAUAAAGGAUAUCAACAGAAGGAUACUUCGGGUUCCCAACAAGCUUAUGGAUCUCGGAAGUAUUACAACCAACAGGCAAAACGAUUCCCCAAUCAGCCACAACAUGGUGAUACGGCUGCUGGAUACUCGAACUCUGUUAAUCCUGAUGAACCAGUGUGUUUUCGUUGUGGAAGGGUUGGCCACAUCGCUUUAGGAUGCAGGGCGAAAGUGGAUAUUCAGGGGAAGGAUUUAAACGGACAGCGGCCAUCGUCAAGGGGCAGACGAUAGGCCGGGACAGGAACCCACAACCACCAGAUUUGAUUGGCUCUCCUACUGAAGUGUGUGUUUUAGUGGAAGGUUUCAAGACGAAAGCGUUGCUGGACACUGGCUCCACUGUUUCGUCAGUGAGUAAGUCAUUCCAUACACAGCACCUUAGUC